AUGGAAACAGGAUCCGCAUUGCUCUACUCGAAGGUAAUUCCAUGUGGUUUUACUAUCUCGAACAACAACAGAAUCUCUUUCAGACCUUUCAACAAGCAGUUACAAGGCCAGUCGUAUGUGAUUGUCCCUCGCAAAACUCGAGCCCCAAAACUCGCCAAAACCCCUUUGAGAUGUUCUCCAUCACUACCCUCCAACUGCAAUAUCCAAUACCUUUCACCAAGGUCCCUUCAGAACCCGUUAUAUUCCCACCCAUUGUCGUCAUCGUCACCAAUAAGGAUUACAAGUCCAUUGUUUCAACCAAUCAAAUGUUCAUAUGUCGACACAACCAAUGCAGAAUCACAAAACUCAUUGUUGAACAACCUCAAAAGCCUCUCUUUUGAUUCAGUUAAAGCAACCCUUUCUCAAUUGACCCCAAUUGACUUUUGCAAGUGGUCUUUGGCGAUAUCAAUUGCAGUUGCAACUUCAAAAUGGACUUUGAAUUUACUAUUCAAUCCCUUCUUCUGGAUGUAUUUUACCUGGACUUGGUUAUUCUGGCCAUGGUUUGUGGCGUUGGGUCUUGCAAUGUACGGUCUUUACUGUUUUCGCAAGCACUUAAUUGGUGAAUCCAAUGUAUUUGAACAGCUUGCCAUUGUUACUUCAGCUUUUACUUGGUUAACACUAGUCCCACCUGCCCAUUUCAAUGGCUUCCUUGAAGGAUGGCCUUUUGUGUUCUUAUUUGUGUAUCACUAUUUCUUCUUCUUCAAUGUCAGCGUCCGUAGACGUUUGUACGGGGAUUUUUAUCCUCGAGAGCAUGACCCCAAGUGGGAUAUUAACCUCCCAAGUUGGCAUCGCCUUCUUUUUUGUGUUGGAGUUAUGGUUGGACAUUGGCUGGCUGCGUAUGAGGGACCAGAAUUGCACUUAAUUCCGGGUGGUUGGAGCAAUGUGGGCAUUUGGGUUUUGAUCAUGAUUUCACUGUUCAUGCAAUAUCACUCCACACUCUAUCUUGCAAACUAUUCGGAGAAGGUGGUGGUGCCAACUGCUGUUGUGCAAUUUGGGCCUUAUCGAUGGGUCAGACAUCCUAUAUAUGCGUCUACUAUGCUCCUAUUUGUGACAUACUUCACUGCACUUCGGGCACCUUUGAGUGCAUUGUUUAUAAUUGCAGUUUGCUUGAUGUAUUAUGGGCAAAAGGCGAAGUUGGAAGAGGAUUUGAUGGUAGAGACUUUCAAAGAGAGAUAUACGGAGUAUAUGAGCAAAGUUAGGUACAAAUUUAUCCCGUUUGUUUACUAG